CGGGGGUCCCGGCGCCAGGUAUAAGAGGCGCGGGUGGCCGCGGCGCGCCAGUUCCCAGCCCGCGCCCCGUCGCCAUCGCCGCCCCCGCCGCCGCCGCCGCCGCCACCCGUGCCCGCCGCCCCCCGCACGGUGUGAUGCCUCGGGCGCCGCUGCUGCUGCUGCUGCUGCCGCUGCUGCCGACGCCGGUGCCGGCCGCCGCCGCCCUGCUGCCCCGACCCGCCGCGCCCCGACCCGCAACGCCCCUGGUGCCGCCCCCCGAGGGCCGCCGCCUGCGCCGCGCCCUACGAGCGCUGCUGCGCCUGGACGACGCCACGCUGCAGAGCCUGGCGGAGGGCGCGCCGCCCCCGCCGCCGCCGCCGCUACAGUCUGACCCUCAGGAUCGGCUGGACCGGCUGAGCGGCCUGCUGGCGGCCCCGGCCUGGCCCGCGGGGCGCCCCGGCCCACUCCAGACCCCGCCCGGCCCCGUCGCGCCCGCCGCCGCCGCCCCCGUACCCUCGCGGCGGCGGCGGGCACCCAACCCCCGCCGCUACCACGCCCGCCGCUACCUCUACUUCCUCAGCGCCGGGGAGUGCCCCCAGGCCCCGGACGGCAGGCCCCGGAUGUACUGCCCGACGCGAGGGGACGAAGCGCAAUGGGUAUGCGUGGACGAGGAGGAGCUAUGCGAUGGGGUUGACCACUGCCCGGGCGGGGAAGACGAGGAGCCGACGCACUGUCUCUUUCAUACUGCGAUGCGCGGACACAUGGAGAUCCUCACCAAAUACGUCAUGCUGUCCAAACUAACCUGAGGACACAUGUUGGACACCUGUUGAUCGCCCUACCUGCUGUGUGUGUGUGUGUGUGUGUGUGUGUGUGUGUGUGUGUGUGUGUGUGUGUGUGUGUGUGU